AUGCCGCAAGUGCAAACCGUCCCGGAGCUCCGGAUGCUGGACGUCCUGGUCCAAAUGUCCAUCCGCCAGUGCGUUGCAGACGACGAGGAAGCCCUCGCCGCAGAAUUUUCGAAGUGGAAUAUGAGGAAGAUCGCAACACAAGAGAAGCUCAUGUUCGAAAAUAAAUUUCCGACCAUCCUGGCCAAGUACUGGGAGCUUGAAGGGGUGGGUCGCAAGACCUCGGUGGAACUGCUGGUUGAGAUCGAGGCGGAUAUUGCAGCGAAAGGCCCACUCUGUCGUAAAUGGAAAUUGCAGAGUUGGAUUGUAUAUUAUAGGACGAAGCACGCCAAGAUCAAAUCGUUUUGGGAAAAAGAAGAUGAACGAGAGAGGGCCAAACAGAGAGAGGCUGUAGAGCUUUCAACACGAAAUGCUCGCCGAGCCCAGGAAUCGAGCGGGCCAAAGACACCGAGUUCGCGGCCAAGACCUCCUACCAACAAACCCAUCUCCCGGGAAUGGUGGAUGGUCGACGGUAUGUUUCGGGAAUCCAUCAUGCGGGUUCGGGAAUCAAUAAAAGACUUCGAAGCUCUAAGCGGAUCUCAACGCAGCAGCAGCGCGAAAAUAGACUACGAUAAGAACGUAUCCGCACUGGCCCUUCUGCGGCGUGAAAGAGUCUUUUUCGACAAAAAGGGGCUCCGAAUGUGGAAGGAGUACAAAUUCCCACGGGCCGUCUUGACGGAGUGGAAGGUCCCGGCAGAUCAAGACCUGAGCUUCUUGUUUCACGAAAUUGAGACCGGAGGAAGACUGGGCCAGCUUUGGAAUAUAGAUCAGCGUGGAUAA